AUGACGCAGAGCAGCGACGCUGCCAGUGGUAUGUAUACCCAAGAUAGGCCCCCUCCCCUCAUGCGAGUAACUCGUUCCUCUAGCCCUGUGCUGAUCUUUCUCCUCGAUUCUUGUCCAGGAACGGAGUCGUCUCUCGACAUGCUACUGGAGAAGGCACUAGAGAAAGUCGUAAACAAUGCCAUCGACCAGAUCAAUGAAGCGACCACCAAGGCCAUCGACAAAGCCAUCAAAAAUUCCGUCGAAACUGCCCUCACAAAUUGUGUCGGAAAUGCCAUUGAGAACGCUGUGCAAAAUGCCGUUGAGUACGCCGUGGAAAGUGCUGUGGAAAGUGCCGUGGACAACACUAUUGAAGACGCUGUAGAGAAAGCCGUCGAAAAAUCUAUGGCCAAAUACCUCGAUCCUCCUCGAAAACUCGUUCCAUCUCAUCCUACUGAGCAGCAAGACGCGAGCCAGAAUGAGUCACAAAUCGAUAUGGUCAGCGAGAUACCAGAGACUCAGCGAGGGCCCAUGGAAGUCAACUCAGUGGCAGAGAAUAUCACUGGAAACCACCAAGCACGAUGUUGA